AUGACGCUGAGAGUGCGCAGAGACGCUUGUCGAGUGCCAAUGAAUUGCGGGCACGAUGAAGUGCUGGGUGUCAUUUAUUCCGUGGAGUACACGCGUCGCGGACUCAAGAAGCUGAUCCUGAGAAAGCUUCUGUCGAGUGAACGCAAAGGCCGUCCUCUGAGUCUUAGCGACAUGGUUGCGGAUAUGGGACGAACUUCUCGUUUGGACGUGACCGGCAAUGAUGGAUCGAAAGGUGCCAUGGGUGAAGAAGUGGCUGUUGGUCGAGUCGAAUCCUGGGCGAUGUCGUUCGAAAGACUUUUGAGAGACACAGCUGGAAUCCACACAUUUGCGGAAUUUCUCAAGAAGGAAUUCAGCCACGAGAACAUCUACUUUUGGGUGGCUGUGCAAAGGUACAAGUUGAUGUUCGACAAGGAAACCAGCGACGGGGAGGAAAACAUUACCGACAAGGAAAAAGAAGAGCGGAUUUCUGCUGCCAGAGAGAUCUACGAGCGACACUUGAGCCUAUCAGCGUCGGAACCGGUGAACGUGGACAGUCAGGCCAGGCAAUUCGUUCAAGACAACAUUACGAGAGCUGAUGCGAAAAUAUUCGCAAAGGCUGAGCAGCAAAUCUUCAAUUUGAUGAAGUACGACUCGUACGCAAGAUUCCUCAAGUCACCGCUGUACAAAGACGCCGCAAAAGCGGAAAACGAAGGUCGUGAGCUUCCGUUUCCGGGCGGGGAUCAAGUUGAGGCGGAUUUGAGGCUUGAACCGUCGACCGACGGUCGGAACGAGUCGACCAUUCAGAAGAACGUCGGCAGGAGGAAGUCGUUGCUGGGCUGGGGCAAACGGUCACGAGCGAAAUCGCGCGAGAGCCGUCCGAGAUCACGAACUCGGGCACCCCGGGCUUCAUCGCUUCGAAGGUUGAGACCGAAGGAUCAAAAAACGUCAGAAGCUAGCGAAUCGUCCGGUCAGCCCAAAACCAUGUUGCCUAAUUCGACGUCUAUUCGAGACGGUUCCGUCCAAUCCAAUGGAUCACGACUUAGUUUAGCUAGUUCUGACUUGGCUUUGAUGUCACGGAACUUUUCAACAUCUCAGGAGAGUUUGCCGAGCGAAAAGGAAGCUUUGGCAAAUGUUUCGUGUAUGUCGGUGUCCAGUGCGGGGAAAGAAAACUACAACGGUCCUCUGUGUAGAAUGAUUCUGCCGGAUCAAUCGACCACAGUCGUGCCGUUGAUGCCAGGAGAAACAAUUCAUGCCCUAGUGUUCAGACUUCUAGGGAAGAAGGGUCUCAGUUAUUCAGCAACUGACGUGUAUACAAUUAAUUCGGGUGUGCCAAUUGACCAAUCCAAGGAUAGUUUGGUUCUAUCGUGCCAUGAAGUGCGUGUGGAGCGAAGAGUGCUGAUCAAUUUCGUCUUACCGUGGGAUAAGUCAGUGCCGGUGAAAGCUGGCCCGGGAAGAAAACUGUGUGAGGUUUUGCGACCGGUGUUGAAUUCACAUAAUCAGGAGUUGCAAAGGUGGCAACAGCAGCAUGGGAAGACUUCCUCACGAUACGCAUACCCUGCUCUUAAAGUGGACCAUUUCACCGCCCACCGAGGGUCGGACGAAACCAGUCUCAGCAUGAAAACCCUCGCCACUAACCUUGACAACGAAACUGUUGUGCUGAAGUUCAAGGAAGGGCCGUCAAAUAACACGCUGACUGGCAAAGGAUUGCUCGGUGCCAAAAAACUCGACGAGAUUACUAAUCGAGUGUUUUUAGAUCUCAUGCGAAGCAAAAGCGUUACCGAUGCCGAUAAAGUCCCCACGGACGACAGUUCUAGUCAAUCGUCAGGAAUCGUCGGCAGCCUGCUGCGAAGAAACUCCAUCCACGUGGAUAGGGACUUCAGUGAGAAAGGCCUUUCGGUCGCUGCAUCUGACCCAGACGCCGUGUUGGCUCCGCCACGUUUGUUCCUUGACGAUGGUGUCGGGGAUCAGCCGAGUCCAAGCCGCGAGGAACUGUAUGCCGAGCUGAAACGCGCGGACAAACUUCGGCUGGACGAUCAGCGCGGGUUGAAACUCAAUUGUGAAAUUCCUGACUUCCUCAUGGGCUCCAGCGGUGGAUCUGGAGUGACUGACGACAAGGAAAAUGAGACCAAGAGCCGAAUUGUGAAAGUGGACGAAAAGGAUUUCAUGAGGGCAUCGACAAAAGGCGCCUUUAAAACUUCAAGGAUUGAAAUAAGUGCCAGCUCGUCGUCAAUUUACGGUGAUCCAUCGUCUUCGUUUGAGACCAAGUACGAUCCGCGGAAAGAUGCGAGCGCGCUUUCCCGUUUAUGUUCAGACCCCUCUGACGUGGACUUCUACCCAUUCUGCACUGACGACCAAAGCUAUUUAAACUCUCGAAACGAAUCCGUUGGCAAAAAUGCAGGCAGUUCAAAGCCGACUUCGAGACUGAGUAGUCAGCUCACCCCGCCGCCACUGCCUCCGAAACCAAAAGUAUUCCGGGCUCCAGCUUUCUUGCGUCCUCCACCACCACCGCCACCGCUCCGACGUGAGGCCAUGGAUGCAUUGGACUACAUUGCUCCACCACGACCGAGAACCGUCCGGAGAUCGGAUCGUCUGAAUCAGACGCACGCAUUUGAGCGGAGUGGCGGAGCGGGAAAUCCGCUCCCGAGUAUAAGUUUCGUGUGAAAUUAUUUCCGUGUGGGAAAUGGGAGGCGAGGUAUUGUGGAGUCCACCGACUCAUGUUUUGGUGUUCUAGUUUCUGUUUGCAUUUUUUUUUCCUCUUGGAAUUCCAUGGAUCAUUUUACUGUGAAGUUCCCGUUGCUCGCUACUCCAUCUAACCAAAUCUUCGUUUAUGUGAUUCCUGUCGCGUGCAUUCGAACGAAUCUUCUUAAAUAAGACGCGCACGAAGAUAUAGUGUUUCUAGAAUGCAAAAAAGUAUGGGAAGUUGAUCUAACUUUUUUUUUAUUCAGGCA